AAUCUGGUCAUAAAUAUUUUGCAUUUUCAAAUGCACGUAUAACAAAACUAUAAUUUACACGAAUGCAAGUUUUCUAAAACCAAAAUAUGCAUAUAGAUUCUUAGAUCAAGUUUGGGCUUGGAACAUAACAUCAAAUGGUAGCCAUACGGGCCACUAAAAAUGCAGAGGCAUUUACUAUUUCGUAAUUGCUUUUGCUUUUCUCUAUCUUGACUCUUUCAACGAAAAUUCGCGCCAUAAGCUCUUAAGCCCCUCUCAUUCAAUGGUUUACAAAUGACGAAAGAAAAAGAAAAGACAAAGCGAGAAACAAGACAGGAACAGAGAAAAUUAGUAAAUCACAUCAGCAAAAAAAAAACAGAGAAGCUAUUUUGGUUAUUACUGAAAAUUUUAAACUAAGUUUUUAGAAUUCCGGCGGCCUAGCUCCUGUUAAGUAAAUGGCCGUGGCCUGGCUAAUUUGGCCGCUCAUGCUAUCUCUCACAGCACUUUCUGCUAACUCGUUAACCGAAGCAGAAUCGUUGUUGAAAUUCAAAGAGUCAUUAACCAACACCAAGUCUCUCGAUUCUUGGACACUAGAUUCAGAGCCUUGUGGAGGAACACAAAGAUGGUUCGGAUUGCUUUGCAACAAAAACUCCGUGUCUGGCCUCCAGAUCGAACAGAUGGGUCUCACGGGUAACAUCGACGUUGCACCCUUGUUAGACCUACCUGGUCUACGAACCAUAAGCAUAAUGAACAACUCCUUCUCCGGUAAAAUACCAGAGUUUAACCGAUUAACAUCUCUAAAAUCAAUUUACUUGUCAAACAAUCGGUUCUCCGGUGAUAUCCCUUCUGAUUAUUUCGCAAGAAUGCGUUCCCUGAAGAAAGUGUGGCUGUCGAACAACGAGUUCUCUGGCCACAUCCCUCUCUCACUGGCCACUACAUCACCACUAAUGGAGCUACACCUCGAAAACAAUCAAUUCAGUGGGAUUAUACCGAAUUUCACCCAACCGGGUUUAGCGGAUGUCAAUCUCUCAAACAACCGACUAGCUGGAGAAAUUCCACCCGGUUUGUCAAGAUUCAACGCUAGCAAUUUCGCGGGAAACUCUGACCUUUGUGGUGCAAAGCUAGCAACUACCUGCACCCAGCCGGGGAUUUCGACUGCUCAGAUCUCAGCAGACGGAGACACGAAAGACGAUUAUAAGAGCAAAUACUAUAUUGCAUUCGGUAUACUAGGGUUAUUUUUCAUCCUUAUCAUAUUCUUCUUACUCUUCCUAAAGAAGAGGAAGGGGACCCUCAGUACCUCUGAACAAGACAACACCGAGGAUCAACAGAUUCAGGUAACCAUCGAAGGACCAAGAACUGGCGGCUCGAGGCAGGGCAUGCCCAGCAGUUUCCGCGAGCUGAGGACGGAUUUGGUGAUGGUGAACAAAGAAAAGGGUGUAUUCGAUCUAGAAGAGUUACUAAAAUCAUCAGCGCACGCCCUCGGAGCUCCAGACGGCCACCCUACCACCAGCGGCGGAAGCGUGGGAUCCGCCUACAAGGCGGUGAUCGCGAGCGGAGUCAAGGUGGUGGUGAAGCGAGUGACGGUGAUGAACGAAGUGAGUAUAGGCGUAUUCGCCCAAGAGAUCAAGAACCUAGGAAGCUUGCGUCACAAGAACAUACUAACCCCUCUCGCUUACCACUCACGGCGAGACGAGAAGCUUCUAGUGUUUGAAUUCAUCCCUAACCUAAGCCUGCUUCACCGAUUACGCCGCCGCGGUGGCGGCGUAAUAGGUGGAGAGGAUGAUUCUAACCUAGACUGGCCUUCGCGGCUCAAAAUCAUCCAAGGGAUCGCGAGUGGGAUGUGUUACCUCCACAGAGAGUUACCGUUCCUAACGUUACCUCACGGAAACCUAAAAUCGAGCAACGUGUUCCUCGCCGACGACGGCGAGCCGCUGAUCUCCGAGUUCGGGCUCCAGAGACUGAUCAACCCCGACGCGCAGUCCCAGUCCCUCGCCGCGUACGACUCCCGCGACGCAACCGUCUCCCCGAAGUCCGACGUGUUCAGUUUCGGCGUCGUGGUGUUGGAGAUCUUGACGGGGAAGAGUCCGCCGCCGGAUCUAGCGGGUGGCGCGAAUCUGGCGGAUUGGAUGGAUCUGAUUGAUCCGACGGUUGUAACCGCCGCUCGUGGUGAUAAGGUGGUGUGGGAUGAGAUCGAGAAUGUUCUACGGAUCAGUGUGAGGUGUAUCGGAGAAGAUCCGGAUCGGCGGCCGAGUAUGAUUGAAGUCGUUGACGAACUGACGAUGGAUGACUUCGUUUCUAUUGAAACUUAGUUUUUCCACAGUUGAUUCUGGGAUUCGAUGAAUUCCAGCCGUUAGAUUCAGGUAGGUUCACCAUUUUUUAUUUGUUUUAAUUCUCUUUAUCUUUAUAUUUAAAUUUGUGUAUAUGAUUAAGAAAAUUAGCUGGAGGUUACUUGUGACAAAGUUUGUUUUGUCGUUUUGGGCAUAUAUGUGAUGGA